AUGCCGGCACCGCAGGCUGCAUAUACUGGCUAACGCCACAGCGCCGGCCCCAACCCUCCUCUCUUCAUUCAGUUUCUCCAUAUGUGUUUUUGAGGUGUCUGCGUGUUAUGUGCCAGGCCCUUGUGGCACUGCUCUGGGGCUCACAGAGGGACACACUGCCUAGCCUGACCAAAGGGCGCAUGCAUGCACAGAGCCUUAAACGGGCUGCGGCAGGACUGCGAGUCGCUCCUCCGCAGGGAGCUCCACGUCGAGAGCAGAGCCCCUGCAGGUAAGCAUGCAAGGUCAGACUUGCACCUGAACUCCGUUAGGAAGAAGGCGCCUCUACUUGGGAAGGGAGUCUGCAAGGACUCAGACGGCGGAGCCUCCCGCGCGGGGACUACAACUCCCAGAGGACACCGCCUGCCUCAGGGCGCAUGCGUGGACUCGGAGCCCGCCGCCUCUCUGCGCGGGAACUACAACUCCCAGAGUGCCUUGCACCGCCGCGACCAAGAUGGCCGGGAGUAAGUGCAGGACUCGCCGCCUUCCUCAGGAACGCCUGGGCCAAGGAGCCGGUGCUGGUCGUGUCCUUCGCCAUCGCGGGGCUGGCCGUCAUUCUGCCCCCGCUCAGCCCCUUCACCAAGUACUCCACCAUGAUCAACCAGGCCACACCCUACAACUACCCAGUGCCCCUCCGUGACAACGGCAACCUGCCCGAUGUGCCCAGCCACCCGCAGGACCCCCAGGGCCCCAGCCUGGAGUGGCUCAAGAAGCUGUGAACGCCUGUGUGGAGACCCCAAUAAACCUGCGGAGACCUCCGUA